AUGGAAGUCACAAAUUCAAUGAGAAUUGAGAAGUUUAACGGCAAGGAUUUUCGACAAUGGAAAUUUCAAGUCAGUUGUGCCUUAAAAGCGAAAGGUUUAAAUAUCCAUGAAAAAAAACCGACGGUGGGUGAUACGACGCAGUGGGACAAAAAUGAUGGCAUGGCCAUGUUUCUAUUAACUUUGUCUAUGGAACUGAACCAAAUCUCAUUAAUUGAAAAUUGUGAAACAGCAAAGGAAGUGAUGACAAGGUUGGAAUCAAUUUACGAACAAAAAUCGGAACUGAACAAAAUGAUGGUGCACGAGAAAUUCUAUCAAUAUAAGAUGUCAUCAACCGAUAGUAUUGCACAGCAUAUUUCCAAAGUCGAGAACUUAGCUAAACAAUUAAAAGAGACUGGCGAGGAAAUAAGUAAUACAGCAAUUAUGACAAAAAUAUUAAGUACACUACCUUCAAAGUAUCGUUCUCUGCGUCAGGCAUGGCUGUCAUUAGAUCCACAUUCUCAAACAAUUCAGAACUUAACAACAAGAUUAUUAGAUGAGGAGGCGAGUUUGACAUAUGAGGAGGAAUCUGAGAGUGCUUUAGUAGCCAUGAAACAUUCUAAGCCACAAAGAAAAUUUCAGAAUCACAAUAUAAAAAAAAUUUCAACGUCUGGUCAAAAUAAUCAGCAUCGAUUUAUAUGUUAUAACUGUAACAAGAGAGGGCAUUUUGCAAGAGAUUGUCGAGCCCCAAAGAAGUCUGAGAGGAAACCUCAAGAGCAAAAGAUGCUUGCAUUCAGUGCCGAGCAAUGUUUACAGUCUGAAGCAGAUAUAGAUACAUGGAUUCUUGACAGUGGUGCAUCUGCACACAUGUCAUACAGGCGCGAUUAUUUCAGUGAGUUAAUGGAUUAUGGCAAGAAUAGUGGUGGUACAACUGUGAGAUUGGGAAAUAAGAAGGAACUAGUGGUGCAAGGUUGUGGAAAUAUAUUAAUUAAUAGAUGUGUGAAUGGAAAGUGGGAGAAAAGUAUUCUAGAAGAUGUACUUUAUGUACCAGAGCUACGCAGAAAUUUGUUCUCAGAAGGCAUGGCAACAAGAAAAGGCUAUGUUAUAAUUAAGAAGUACAAUGAGGCCUUAAUAUUAAAAGAUAAUACUGUUGUUAUGACUGCAACAUUGAAGCAGAAUAAUCUAUAUGAAGUAAAUAUUAAAACCACAGUGCAAAUAGAUUGUAAUUUAGCACAGUCAAGUUUGAAAAUCUGGCAUGAACGUUUGGGACAUUUAAACUUGAAGGAAGUGAAAAACAUGAGCAAGAAUGGUGCAAUUCCAGUAAAGUUAACGGAUGACAUCAACUUUGUGUGUGAGGCUUGUCAAUAUGGCAAACGGAGCCGCUUGCCAUUUCAUAAAUCUUGUAGAGGAGAAUGUGAACCUGGUGAUUUAACCUACAGUGAUGUGUGUGGACCUGUAGAACAUACAUCUGUAUCUGGAGCAAGAUAUUUUGUUUUAUUUAAAGAUGGUGCCACCAGCUAUAGACAUGUGUUUAUUAUCAAGCACAAAAGUGAUGUCCUGGAUUGCUUUAAGAAAUACAAUGCAAUAGUGAAAAAUAAGUUUGGUCAUGGCACUCGUAUAUUGCAUACAGACAAUGGACGUGAGUACGUUAACAAUGAACUUAAAUCUUAUUUGAAUAGUGAAGGAAUAGUUCAUGAACGCACAGCACCCUACACGCCUGAACAAAACGGUAGAGUGGAGAGAGAAAUGCGGACAAUAAUGGAGAGUGCAAGAUCUAUGUUGUACUCUCGUGAUAUCUCAUUGGAUCUCUGGGCUGAAGCAGUAAACUGUGCUGUUUAUUUAUUAAAUCGAAGUUCUUCUACCCAGACAAAGGAUGUAUCCCCAUAUGAGCUGUGGAAUGGACAGAAGCCAGCCCUUCAACAUAUAAGAGUAUUUGGUUCAGAAGGAUAUGUCCAUAUACCUGAUGAAAGAAGAAGAAAACUAGAUAAAAAGAGUGUAAGAUUAAUAUUAGUAGGAUAUGAAAAUGAAAAUUAUAGAAUGUUUGAUAUUGAAAGUGGGAAGAUAACAAUAAGUAGAAAUGUACACUUCAAUGAGAACAACAUACCAGUACUGAGGAAACACACAACUUCAAUUUCUAUCACCGAUGAACAAGAGCAAAGAGAAGGCAUACAAGAUAUACCAGUUUCUCCAGGAGACAACCAAAAUAUUUCUGAAUCUAGUUUUGAAAGUGUAGAAACACAAGAAGAUCCCAAUGAUGUGACGUACCAGCCUCCACAAAUAAUUUCUGAAGAUGAUGAAAGAAAUAUUACACUGAGACCUAGAAGGAAAAGAAAUGAAGAAGCAAAUUUUAUUGAGUUAGAUGUACCUACGACAUAUGAAGAAGCUAUAAACUGUAAAAAUAGUAAUAAAUGGAAGGAAGCUAUAUGUGAAGAAUUAGAGUCAUUAAAAGAAAAUAAAACCUGGAAGUUAGUAAACAGAAAUAAUGAGAAAACAGUGACCUCAAAAUGGGUAUUUUGUGUAAAAAGAAAUUCAGAUGGUGAUAUAGAAAGAUACAAAGCUCGUCUUUGUGCACGUGGGUUUACACAAACUAAGAACGUCGAUUACAAGGAAACAUUUUCACCAACAACAAGAUUCGAUUCCAUUAGAAUAAUAUUAUCUCUUGCAGCUCGAAAGAAUUAUGAACUACAACAAUUUGAUGUCAAAACAGCAUUUUUGUACGGUGAGUUAUCAGAGGAUGUCUAUAUGGAGGUGCCUGAAGGUGUCCAUGCUGAGCCAAGGAAAAUCUGUAAGUUAAUAAAAUCAAUAUACGGGCUAAAACAGUCAUCACGCUGUUGGAAUAGAAAAUUCUCUUCUUUCCUAACUACUUAUGGUUUUGAAAUGUGUCCCUCUGACAACUGUAUAUUUGUGGGUCAUUUUAAUAAUUAUAAAGUUAUCUUGAUCUUGUAUGUAGAUGAUGCUUUAUUAUUGUCAAAAAGUAAAAGUAUAUUGUUGCAUAUUAUAAAUGAUUUAAAACAAAGUUUUAAGAUAAAAGAAUUUAAUUUAAAUAUGUUUGUUGGCAUGGAAAUAACUAAAAAUGAUGGAAUAAUUACUUUAAGUCAAAAACAGUACAUAAAACAAAUUAUAAAUAGAUUCAACAUGUCAGAUGCCAAUCCUUGUAGUACCCCUGCUGACAAUAAUGUAAUUUUAAAGAAAAACGAUAGUGAGAGUAACAUUAAUUUUCCAUAUAGGGAAGCAGUAGGAGCCCUGAUGUUUUUGUCAACCGUAUCUAGGCCUGACAUUUCUUAUUCUUUGAAUGUAGUUAGUAGAUAUUUAAAUAAUCCCAGUAAAGACCAUGUAAAUGCUGUUAAACGAAUUAUUCGGUACUUGUUAAAGACAAAAGAUGUUUGUAUUACUUAUAAUUGUAACAAAGAACUAGUAGGUUUUUCUGAUUCUGAUUUUGCCUCAGAUAUUGAUUCUAGAAAAUCUAAUACAGGAUAUAUUUUUAUGAUGAAUGGUGGACCUGUUUCUUGGGCUAGCAGGAAGCAAAAUACUGUGGCAUUAUCAACUACAGAAUCAGAGUAUAUGGCUGCAAGUGAGGCUGCCAAAGAAAUUUUAUGGCUUCGGCAGUUAUUAAUUGAUAUUGAUGAACCACAAUUGGUGAUAACCCUAUGUAUAGAUAAUCAGAGUGCUAUUAAACUCAUUCAUAAUCCUAUUUACCACAAAAGAACAAAGCACAUAGACAUAAGAUAUAAUUUCAUCAGAGAAAAGGUAGAACAAAAUGUAAUAAAUGUUCAAUAUGUGAAAAGUUCAAAUCAACUUGCAGAUUUUUUAACAAAAGCUUUACCUUCUGGUAAAUUUAUUCUUAACAGAGAUCAAGUACUGAAUAUAAACUGA